CUUCACUCCCAUAGUCUCUUGUCUUAAGAAGUUCGAGUGACCGGAGAAAAAAAGACUUCGCCGGCGAAAUGGACGAAUCAUGGCGUAAGAAGAUGGGUUUAAACGUUGAUUCAUUCUUCUCCGUUGCUCGACGAUCCAUGGACGCUCGAAUCGACGCGGAAGAUUUCGCCGACGUCUUCGGCGGUCCGCCGCGUAGCGUCCUCACCCGAAAAUUCUCCGGCGACUUCUCCCGUUCCGACUGUUUCUACGACGAGGUUUUCCUGUCCCCUGGAAUUUCCUCCGGCGGCUCACUUCCGUCUUCUAAAUCUCACGGCAGAAACUUAACGGCGUUUAGGAUCCCCUCCGGCGUAGAUGAAUUUUACGACGGCAUCUUCGGCGGUCGCGGUGGGGCGGCUAAGAAGCAAAGCACGCCGGCGAUUCCGAAAUCUAGGUCGAAUUCCUCGUCGGUGCUCACGUCCGAGGAGGUGAGUCCUCACUAUCCGCCACCGGCGGCGACGUCCGGCGAUGACGCGGGGUUUUCUUCUUUUACUUCUAGACUCAGACCGUUAAACGUCCCGUCGAGAAGUCAUAAGCGGGAAUCUAAGAAACAGAGUUUCCCGGUGUUUCCAACAUCCGGAGAUUCGUUCUCCGGCCACGAAAGAUCAGAUUUUUACUACAGAAAACCAUACUUCAGCUUAUCGAGAAGAUCCUCGCCGGAGACCAUGGGCUUAGAUCCUAGCUCCUUCAGGAGAAUUGAUGAUUUCGGACCGAGUUCUCCGGCGUCUUCCCCUGUUUCUUCUUUCGUCUACGAAGAAGAAGACACUGAGACGAAACAGAGGACGAAAGGAGACUGUAACGUCGAGGAGGUAGAAGAAGAAGAAGACGAGAUGAGCUCUUACGUGAUUGAAAUAAACUCAGAUCGUUUUGAUCGAGGAAACUCGGAUUCGAACGACAUGGAUGAAGCAAUAGCUUGGGCUAAAGAGAGAUCUCAACGGCCAGAAGCAAAGCAAGCCCAAGAAGAAGACUUAAUGGAUUCAAGAAGUGAAGAAGCCAAAUCAGAAGAAGAGAUGGAGAUGGAGAUGAAAGAUGAAGAGAUAAGAAUCUGGUUAACCGGAAAAGAGACCAACAUUAGACUCCUCCUCUCAACUCUACAUCAUGUUCUAUGGUCAGAUAGCAACUGGCACGAGAUUCCUUUGGAAAAUCUUCGAGAUGGAUCACAAGUUAAGAAAGCUUACCAAAAAGCUCGGCUUUGUUUACAUCCAGAUAAACUUCAACAGAGAGGAGGAACUUCACCUGUUCAGAAGUCGGUCGCGAGCAGAGUAUUCUCCAUUCUUCAGGAAGCAUGGGCUGUGUACGUAACAAAUGAAGGACUCUCAAGCUAAACCGGAAUUCAUAAAUCAUUUUCUGGUUUCUCUUAAACCGGAAAUGUUGGUUUAAAAUGUAAGAAGAAUAAGAAGAGGAAAAGCAGAGUUUGUAUCUUUUAUGAUUGUAAAAUUCAUGAACACUCCCAUGUGUUGCAUAUGUGGCUUCCACUGUCAGUGUUCUUAUAUAUACAGAAAAUAACAAAAUGCUUGAAAACUA